AUGCUUCAAGAACCAAAUGAGAAGAUUAAAACCAAACGGCGUCCUUCUAAGAUUGACAGUAGCACUCGUCGUCUACCAUCUGCUUUUGAGAUUGCCGAGGCUUUUUCCGUACAUGGUAGUCAGUCACAAGUACCACUUGAAAAGGUUGUUCAUGCAUCUCCUAGUACUGUGUUGCCUUCUACGAAAUCAAAUAAGCAUCCAGAGAAAAAUCAGCCUAUCUGCGUGACUCAAAGCACUUCACCAUUUGAGCUAACACAAAAAUAUACGGUGCAAUUCGUUUUCUGUAUGAGGCCUUACAUUCUAGGUUCAUUUGAUGUUGAGUCUGAUGGUAAUUGUGGUUAUAGAGUUGUAGCAUCAGCUAUGGGAUUUGGUAGGCGUUUUUGGCGAAGAGUUCGAAUAGACCUAAUGAAUGAGCUAAAAAGUAUGCCCCACUUGUACAUGAAACUAUAUGGUAGCGAAAGUAGUGUAGAGAAUAUUAUACAGAGACUAAACCAUUCUGGAUCUACUGCACCACGUAGAAAAUGGAUGUGUAUAACAGAGAUGGGGCAUUUGAUCGCUACUUGCUAUGGAGUUGAUGUGAUAAACUUAUCUGAUAAACAGUGCCUUACCUUUCUUCCUUUGACUGAACACAUUACUGGACGAUUUCAGAACCAAGAACUGCCUGAAAUUGGAAUUGGUUUUGUUAACGGAGACCACUUUGUGCAGGUGUCUUUGCAAGCGGGAUGCCCAUUACCACCAAUCCCACCAAAUUGGUACCCCCAUGCUGAUGAUAAAGCAAGAUCAUUAUACAAUAGAUACAAGGAUCGUCUGCAUCAAUAUACCCAAAUACCCCAUCCAGAAAGAGUUACUGCUAUUUCCGAAAUUAUAACUCUUGAGACUGAUGAGACUAUGUUUGAAUGA